GCGACGCAGAGGGCGCUCUUUCCCCACGUCGGCACAGCAAUCGACCACGCCAGUUUUCCUCCAGCCUCUCCAGAACCAGUUGUAGGUGUGGGCUACCACUAGUUUCCUGCUCUAGGUCUUCAUGGUCGUGUCGUGAACGCGAAAAUGGUCUAUUUGCCCCUUAUAGUGUCCAUCUCGCUGGUGGCCUUCGGCUACUCGCAAGACAUCGAGCUGCAAACGCCCACCUACACUUCCAAAGGGACGACCGACUCGUUCCGCUCCACAUCCGAAAAUCCCGAGCACGAAUCGACCAUCCAGAAGGCCUUAGCAUGGUUAAUAACCCAGAGAGAGAGCAACUGGGGUUGGCGGAACGACACCCCCAAAGCGCUCACCGCCCUCCAACUGGCUUCGUACGACGACCUCGGGGUCGCCUUCCCCAACCUAAUUGAGAUGCAGCUCUCCACAAAGCAGCUAGAGGUCGAGAUCGUGGUUCUGUUGUGGAGGCACCACGAGGUUCCUAUUACGCCACCGAAGCUCGCACAAUAUGCGCUCGCUUUAAGCGCCCUCUGUCACGACCCUCGUCAAUUCCACGGCCACGACCUCAUCGGUUCCCUGCAACACCACGAAGCCAUCCAAGACCUAGAAUUCGCAUAUGCCACUCUAGCAGCAUGUAGUUCAAGGGCGCACGUUCGAAAGAAGCAAAUCCGACGGUUAUUGGACAUCGCCAAUACUGCGAAGGACCACAACAUCGAUACCGUCGCCAUGACAAUACUGGCUUUGAGAUGCAUCGUCAAAGACCACCGGCACAGAAACUUGCAACACUCGUUACGAAGGCCCAGCAUCAGCUUAGCGCGACAGCAGCAACCUGACGGUGGCUUCGGAAACUUGUACAACACGGCUCUGACCAUGCAAGCACUGCAAGACAUGACAGAAGCCAGCUCCCACUGGAACAAAACGGCUGCGAAAUCCUAUAUUGAAUCCCGGCAGGACCCAGAUGGCGCCUUCACCGACCCCGGUCUCACCUCCGACGUCAUCCUGGCCUUAUCCAAUCGCGGCCUAGGCUCGAUUCGAACGCUAGAUUGCGGCAAAAACGACGGCGAUAUAGAGAAUCACGUGGAAAUCGACGGGCUGACCAAGUCGCUUUCAGUCCACGGCAACGACUCGGAGAUUCGGAACGUUACCAUAACUUAUACAUUAUGGGUGGGUUCAAAUGUGACUGAGAACUGUACCAUCGCCAUUACGGCACCGCGAAAUACUUCCUUUUAUUCUGUGAUGCAAACAGCGAUGGAAUUAGAUCCCCACUUUACUUUUGAGGCGUCGGAGUGGCCCAAUGGGCAUUAUGUACACACGCUGGCUGGGUAUAAGGAGGAACCAAUGGGUUAUCACUACUGGCUGCUGUAUCGGCUGCCGGAGAUACCCGAUCCGAGCGCUCCGCCAGCCAAUCAGCUCGUGGCUCCUGUAGGAGUCGACGACUUACUUAUUGAAGAGGGUGACCACUACUUAUUCUGGUACAAAAAGCUCUAAGCCUAAGCACAACGUUCUGUAUACAAAAAACCAAACCAACAUCGCUUCUGUACGCCUUUUUCCUCUUUAGUUAGACGAUGUUUGUGUGUCGUUGUUUAUUUCCGCCACAAUAUACCGGGUGACUCGUUUUCGUUUCCUUUUGCUUCAUUUCAAAUCUCUAGAGGGCGCUUCGAUCUGAAACGACGGAAUUUUUGACACGAGCCACCUGUAUCAUCUCGGACUGUAUUUUAUACUGUAGCCUCACAAUACACAGUGUGUUUUCUUUCUACUAUUGUGCAGAUAAUAAAUGUACAAUACACUAUAGGUGUGGUUGUAAUAAUUAUAAUGACAUUAAUAAUUAAUAUUAAUAAUGCAUUUUGAGGGGACAAUACUUUGACAUCUUUGUGUGACCUUUUUUAUAAGUAGCUUAGGAUCUUAUUAUUUAUUCAAUUGUUAAUACAUGGCAAAAAUUGUUAAAAAUUCUUUAUUUUUGUUAUAUUUGGCUUAAAAGAUUAAUAAUAAACACUUAAAUACA